AUUCAAAUUGUAUUGGAAGCGAAUCAAAGCGCAGAACAGCAUUACAUACUCUACCCAUUGGUUUGCGGAUCAAUAAUUUUGCCUAAAUUUCGCAUUAUUAUGAAUCCCGAAACUCCCGGAGCGGCGCCUAUCGAUUAUAUCGACCAAAUACUGCCCAACGAUUUACUUCCUCAAAACAAGACCUCAAGUGAUGCUUCGCUAGCGAUGGGUUGACUCAAAGGAUUUGUUUUUAUUAAAAGUUCCCAAUUUGUUGGACAUAUCGACCGCUUCAUGUUAUCUGUG